UGCAUAGCCACUAGUUUUGAUACUGAUAUGAUAUUUACUCGGUCAAAAGGGGCUUUAAUUUCGGUUUUCCAUCGAAAUUUUUCCUCAUGCAUGCAACAGCAUUACCCCUAAUUUUGUGCUCUAUAGAUAUAUAGUAACCAACAGCAAAAUUUAGAGAUUAAUGUUGGAUUUUUUUACAUAUUUGGAAAGGGAAAAAUGACUAUGGAAACUGAUGCAGUGAAGCAAAUAAACCGUGAAAAUCUGAAGAAGAACAAAAUUCAAGUGUCUAACACCAAAAAACCUCUCUUCUUCUAUGUCAAUCUUGCUAAGGUAGGUACUCUCUCGGGAUUGGAUCCGCGUAUCUUCUUCUUCCUCCUCUUCGACCAUAAAAUGAUCAUCUUAUCAUGAUAAUUUUGUCAACGGAUGCUCCUAUUCUAUGCUUUUGCAACGUAGCAUGAGUAUGUAUCGUACUAAGUUGAUCAAUAUAAUUGCUAGGACAAUGUUAAAAUCGACAUAUAAACAUAUUUUCUUUAUGAUGCAGAGGUACUUGCAACAGAAUACUGAGAUUGAGCUUUCUGCUUUGGGCUUGGCAAUUACCACAGUUGUCACAAUAGCCGAGAUUCUAAAAAAUAGUGGAUUUGCCAAUGCGAAGAAGAUUUUAACAUCCACAGUAAGAAUGAAAGAUGAAGCCAAAGGACGUCUAGUUCAGAAAGCCAGGAUUGAAAUUGUGCUGGAAAAGGGAGAGAAAUUUGAGACGCUGAUGAAUCAGAGACCAGCAGCAGUGCAAGAAGCAACUGAAAAUGGGAAAGUUGAAAACAAGCAGUAGAAUCUACAAUAGAUGGCCUGUUGUUUGUAUUCUAAUUUAUUUUGGCUUCCAUUCUUACUAUUUCUCUCUUUGUUUCUGUUUAAAAACAAAAAAAUAGCUAACAACUUAUUCCAUUCAAAUUGUGCUAUGACAUUACUAAUUGUAAGAGUGAAAGAAGGUUUCCCAUCAAAUUUCGUCAUGCGUUUCUCUUACAUGACAAGGUGGUCCAUUUAUUAUCAUGUUUGGUACGACAAUACUGAAUGAGAUUAAGGAAGAAACCCAAACAGACGAACUUUUCUUAUUA